GCGGCUCGAAGCGAACGAAGAGAGCAGGUCCGUGACUCCGUGGCCGCGCUGAGGCAUUGACGCAGAUCUCGGCUUGGUUCACGCCGGUUCACGCGGAAAGAGAGAACGCGAACUCUCCACAACGGACGCAGAAGCGAGGCGUGCACGCACGCGCCGCUGACCGUGUGCGUUCUGCCUCUUCGGAGGGUACAGUUCGAAUUUCGAAAAACAAAUAAAAAGAGGAAAAACUUCCGCGGCGAACUGUGCGCGAGUGUAUACGAUAACGAGAGAGAGAGAGAGAAAUUUCGGAGUGUGCAUUUGGUUUAUUUUUCUGGUGGAUUUUUCUGGUGAUUCUCACACGGUGCCACGGUGGUUCCACGAUACCGAUCGAAGAGAGUCGCCCCGCUCCGGUUUUCGGAUAACUCGCACACGCACAUACAACGGAGGAAGGGGCGCAGUAUGUGCCCGGCGCCGGGCCCAGCGCCGCACCCCAAGAAAAGAUCCGUAGUCUCAAACACGCCUCCGCAUAUUCGCCACCCAGAGUCGACAGAUACAGGGGCGGUGCGCAGAUACAGAAGAGAAUGACUCAGAGGGAAGACGUUCUCAAGUUCGAGCAGGGCCGCAUUAAGGCCCUGCAAGAGGAACGUCUUCACAUCCAAAAGAAGACGUUCACAAAAUGGAUCAAUUCAUUUCUGCUGAAGGCGCGCAUGGAGGUGGACGAUCUGUUCACCGAUCUGGCGGACGGCAAGAAAUUGCUCAAACUAUUGGAGAUCAUCUCCGGCGAGCGAUUGGCCAAGCCCAACAACGGGCGCAUGCGAGUUCACAAAAUCGAAAACGUGAACAAGUCUCUGGCGUUCCUCCAUACCAAGGUCCGUCUCGAGAGUAUCGGUGCAGAAGAUAUCGUGGAUGGUAACCCCCGAUUGAUUCUCGGUCUCAUCUGGACCAUAAUUCUGAGAUUCCAAAUCCAAGAGAUCGAAAUCGAUGUGGACGAGGAGAAUGAUAGCAGCGAGAAGAAGUCUGCCAAAGAUGCUCUGCUACUCUGGUGCCAGAGAAAGACAAAUGGCUAUCCCGGCGUUAACAUCCAGGACUUUACCGGCUCCUGGAGAAACGGACUUGGUUUCAACGCUCUCAUACACGCUCACAGACCGGACUUGGUCAAUUGGUCGGAAUUACAGCAAAAUAAGAACAUCGAUAAUCUCAAUUAUGCCUUCGACGUUGCUAAUUCAGAACUCGGCAUACCGCGGCUGUUGGACGCAGAAGACGUGGACACAGCCAGACCAGACGAGAAGUCCAUUAUUACCUAUGUCGCGUCUUAUUAUCAUACAUUCGCCAGGAUGAAGAACGAAAUAAAGAGCGGCAAAAGAAUAGCGAAUAUCGUUGGCCAGAUGAUGGACGCCGACAAGAUGAAGAUCCACUAUGAGAAACUAACGACUGACCUUUUGGAAUGGAUCAAGAUGAAAAUUGAGGUUCUGGAGAGUCGAAGCUUCCCGAACUCGCUCGAAGGUAUUCAACGGGAACUCCUAGCCUUCAAGCAAUACCGAACAGUGGAGAAGCCGCCGAAGUACAAGGAACGGUCCGAGAUAGAAGCGUUGUAUUUCCACAUAAACACUCAGUUAAAGUCUCUGAAUCAGCCGGCGUUCACCCCGCAGGAGGGCCAGCUGAUCCACGACAUCGAAAGAAAUUGGGUAGAAUUGGAAAGAUCGGAGCACCGUCGUGAAGUCGCCCUGAGGACCGAGUUGUUGCGACAAGAGAGGCUCGAGCAACUGAAUUACAAGUUCGAGAGAAAGAGCGUGCUCAGAGAAGGUUACUUGAAAGAGAUGAUUCAGGUCCUGACGGAUCCACGAUAUGGCAGUAACCUAGCGCAAGUAGACGCCACAGUAAAGAAGCACGAGGCCAUCAGUGCCGAUAUCUUGGCACGCGAGGAGCGCUUCCACGACCUGACGAACAUGUCCGAAGAAUUGGUGCGGGAGAAUUAUCACGGCUUAGAGAGAGUUCGCAGCAGAGAACAGGAAGUGUUGCAGAGAUGGAAAGAAUUACUGGCUUUGCUGGACCAUCACAAAUCCAAUCUGGUCGCGCUCAGCUCGCUAAUGACCUUGAUGAGAGAAAUUGAUACAACACUGGCUUCCAUUCAAGAGCUCCAACUGAACUUUCAGAGCACUGAUGUGGGCCCGCAUCUACUGGGAGUCGAGGAUCUCUUGCAGAAACACAGCUUGCAGGAGCUGCAAGUGACGGCUCUAGGCGAGAGCCAAAGACGACUCGGUAGACAGGCCGCUCAGCACUUGGCACAGCCGCAGAAUAAGGAGGCGCCAUUGCUGCAGCAGAAGUUGGAGCUACUGAAUGGUGCGUAUGACGAGCUCGUGGAGAACAGCAAGGAGCGUAAAGCUCGGCUAGAGGAUGCCAGGAAUUUCUUUCACUUCCUUCAAGAUCACGAGGACGAAGAGUCGUGGCUGGUGGAGAAACAGCGAAUAUGCAAGGCUGGCAUUUCUGCGAAGGAUUUGCGAGCCGUGAUAUCGCUGCAGCAGAAACAUAAGGCCCUGCAAGAUGAGAUGAAAGUGCGCAGGCCGAAAUCCGAGCAACUUUGCGAUGCCGGCAAAAAACUGAUAGCCGAUAAUCACCCGUCGGCAUUGGAGAUACAGAAUCGAAUAGACUCGUUGCAGGAACAUUGGAGAGUCUUAGAGGAACUGGCGGCAUUGCGGAAAAAGCAGCUGGAUGACGCGGCCGAAGCGUUCCAAUUUUACGCCGACGCAAACGAGGCGGAUUCGUGGAUGAACGAGAAAAUGGCUUUAGUGGCCUCAGAGGAUUAUGGAGUGGACGAACCGAGCGCUCAGGCCUUGUUGCAGCGGCACAAAGAUUUGGAAGGCGAAUUAAACGCCUACAAUGGCGAUGUGCAGUCCUUGAACACACAGGCGGAAAAACUGAUCAAAUCCGGCAUCUCCACCCUGGAGUUAUCCGCCGAUCCUGAACCGGUCGCCGAGCUCGAGCAGGAAGAAUGGAGCAAGGAGAUCAGAUUGGUGCCGCAAGACGAGUGGGUGGAUGAGGUAGUCGAACGACUCGAGCCGAAAACUAUUCACGAGGAUAGAUUGGUACCGCAAGUAAAAAGUUUAUAUCCAUUUAACGGUCAGGGCAUGCACAUGGUUAAGGGCGAAGUAAUGUUUCUGUUGAACAAGACGAAUCCCGACUGGUGGAGCGUUAGGAAAGCUGACGGUACGGACGGGUUUGUGCCGGCUAAUUACGUGCGCGAGAUCGAGCCAAAAGUCGUGCAAGUGCAGGUACGCAGACCUGAGAAGGUCAAAGUGACGCAGCGCGUGAAGAAGACGAAGAUGGUGAAACAGGUAGUGCCGGUCCGACGAUUAAAAUCCAUCAAGUCUACCGUGAAGCCGAUCAAGCGAAAGGCGGUGAGCGACGGCGAUAGCGUGGAGAAGCGACAGAAGAAAAUCAACGAAACUUACAGCGAGUUACAGGAACUCGCUGUGAAACGUCACGCGUUGUUGGAGGACGCCAUUAGGCUUUACGGCUUUUACCGGGAGUGUGAUGACUUCGAAAAAUGGAUCAAGGACAAGGAGAAGAUGUUAAGAGUCGACGAUCCUCGCGACAACGUCGAGACGGCGAGGAGAAAGUACGAGAAGUUCCUAACGGAUCUGUCAGCCUCCGGGAAACGGGUAGAGGCAAUAGACGCAGCGGUAGACGAAUUCGUUCGUCAAGGUCACAGUCAACUGGACAAAGUCAAAGCCAGGCAGAGGCACAUUCAUCAGCUAUGGGAACAUUUGAAUUGGUUGAAAACUCAGAAAGAAAAAAGCUUGGAGGGCGCAUCCAGUGUUGAGUUGUUCAACAGAACCUGCGACGAAGCUCACGAUUGGAUGCUAGAAAAGAUCACCCAACUAGACACCGCCGAGUUGGGACCUGACCUGAAGACUGUGCAAGCUCUGCAGAGGAGACAUCAACAUUUGGAACGAGAAUUGGCACCAGUUGAAGAAAAGGUACGGAAAGUAGAUUUAUUAGGCAACAGCGUUAAGAGUUCGUAUCCACACGAAUGUAACAACGUCAAUGUGAGACAAAACGAGAUCAAGGAUCUGUGGAACAAAGUCCAGACGAAGGCCAAGGAGCGACGAUCUCGUUUAGAAGACGCGGUCGGCCAACAGAUAUUCAUGAAUAGUUCGAAGAACUUGAUCAACUGGGCCAUGGACAUACAAGAGACAAUGAAGGCCGAGGAACCAGUGAGAGACGUUGCCACGGCCGAGCAACUCAAGAAACAGCACAUGGAGCUUGGAGAAGAAAUACGAACCAAAGAAGACGAAUUCCGCGAAGUUGAAGAUCUCGGUCGAGAACUACUACGUCGUAACCCGACAUUGACAGAUGUAGGUGAACGUCUGGACAAGUUAAAUGGAUUGUACCCAGCGGUAACAGCUGAUUGGAUGGCAAAAGAAGAAUGGUUACGACAAUGUUUGGAAUUGCAACAAUUUAAUCGAGAAGCCGAUCAGAUCGAAGCUACUACCAGCUCUCAUGAAGCUUUCCUUGAGUUCACCGACUUGGGCGAAUCUUUGGAUGACGUCGAGGCUCUAUUGAAACAACACGAAAAAUUUGAGAACACCCUUCACGCGCAAGAUGACAGAUUGAAGGCAUUUAGUGACACCGCAGACAAGUUAAUCGCCCAAAAUCACUACGAAAAAGAUUACAUCAACGAAAGAAGGAACCAAGUACUAGCCCGCCGCAUGGCAGUGAAGGAUGCCGCGCAACGUCGAAGAGCAGCUUUAAAGGCAUCCGAGCAUUAUCAACAAUUCUCAGCCGAAGUGGAUGACUUGCGCGAUUGGUUGGGCGACAAGAUGAAGACUGCGGCCGACGAAAGCUAUCGCGACUUGAAUAAUCUCGAGCGCAAACUGCAAAAACACGAAGCUUUCGAACGAGAACUGCGUGCCAAUGAGGGACAAUUGAGAGCAGUCAACAAGGCAGGCAAGGCGCUCAUAUCAGAAGAAAAUUACCGAUCAGACGACGUGGGCAAAACUUUGAAGGAUCUAAAUGAUCAAUGGGACCGAUUGGUAGCAUUGUCGUUGGAGAAAGGUCGUAGACUGCGACAAGCGGCCUCACAACACGGAUACAAUCGCACUAUGGAAGACGCUAGAUUAAAACUAGAAGAGAUAGAGAGUUGUCUUCAGAGUAAGCAAGUAGGCACGGAUCUCCGUAGCUGCAAAGAGUUGCUGAAAAAGCACCAGACCCUCGAGAGCGACAUGUGUCAAUGGGAACAGAAAGUGGAUGAUCUCGUGGCCAUGGGUCAGGAAAUGGCGCACGAGGGUCACUUCGAUGCGGUGAACAUCCUGAAGUCAAGUCAAGCCACCCAGAGAAAAUUCCGCAGUCUGAAGGAACCAGCUAAGAAACGUCGAGAAGCAUUGGAGGAAAGCCUGCGUUUCCACAAAUUCGGUUUCGAAUUGGACGCAGAGUUGCAGUGGAUCAAGGACCAUUUACCUCAAGCGUCGUCGACGACGCUUGGACAGAACCUGCAUCAAGCCCAGACUUUGCACAAGAAACACAAGAAGCUGGAAGCGGAGAUCGCCGGUCAUCAGCCUAUGAUAGACAAGACUCUGGCUUCUGGACAAACGCUCAUCGAUCAGGCUCAUCCAGAGAAGAAAAAGAUCCAAGAACUGUGCGAUAUUCUGGAUGACGCGUGGAGGGAUUUGCAAGACAAAGCGGGAGAGCGUAGCAGAGCAUUGGACUUGUCCCUAAAAGCACAAGAAUUCUUUUUCGAAGCCGGCGAGGUUGAAAGCUGGCUCAACGAGAAGAACGAUGUGCUGAGCUCUACCGAUUACGGCAGGGAUCGCGAUGCCGCCACGAAAUUAUUGACAAAACACAAGGCUGUUGAGCUCGAAUUAGACACAUACAACGGCAUCGUAACAGAAAUGGGACACACAGCUUCCACAAUGAUCAACUCGAAGCAUCCCGACAGCAAGGCGAUAGCCAACAAGCAGCAAGCGAUCGUUCAACAAAUGCGCGCCUUGCAGCGACUGGCUACCGUAAGGCAGCAACGUUUAAUGGAGAGCAUGUAUCGUCAUGAAUAUUUCCUGGAGAGCAGAGAGUUGGAGCAAUGGAUCAAGGAGCAAGAACAAGCAGCGGCAUCGGAGGACUACGGUCAAGAUUACGAGCAUCUGUUGCUAUUGCAAACGAAAUUCAAUGACUUCAAGCAUCGAAUAGAGGCUGGAUCCGAGAGGUUCAAUCAGUGCGAAGAAUUAGCCAGAAAACUGAUCGCGAACGAGAGUCCUUACAUCCAGGAUAUCGAAAAACGCCAGGAACAAUUAGGAUCCGAUGAAGACGAUCCGGCGUUACAAGUACAAAAUCAACACGCGGUGAUGAAAGAAUCGUGGCAGCAUCUAUUGGGACUCAUCCGAAAUCGCGAGCAACGAUUACAAGCGGCAGGCGAAAUUCAUCGAUUCCAUCGCGACGUGGCGGAAGCGCUGUCACGAAUACAAGAGAAAGAGGCUGCUUUGCCAGAGGAUCUUGGUCGCGACUUAAAUUCCGUUUUGGCGUUAAUUAGACGUCAUGAAGGAUUCGAAAAUGACCUGGUCGCUUUGGAGGCUCAGUUGCAAGUCUUAGUCGAGGAUGCCUCCAGAUUACAAGCUCAUUAUCCAGGCAACAACGCGGUACACAUCGAUCAGCAGCAACAAAUUGUUGUUGCUCAUUGGGAGGAGUUGAAAGAAAGAUCCGCUCAUCGAAGGGAUCAGUUGCAGGCUAGCUGCGACUUGCAACGAUUCCUCACUCAGGUAAGAGACCUAAUGAACUGGGCAGCUGGACUCCGCGCUACAAUGUCGACGGAGGAAAAGGUUCGAGACGCGGCCAGCGCGCAGAUUUUGAAGGCGGAGCACGAGGCCCUGAAAGGAGAAAUCGAAGCGCGAGAGGACAGCUUCAGCUCGGUGCUUGAUCUAGGCGAGGCCAUGGUGCAAACCGGUCACUAUGCCGCUAUGGAGGUUGAGGAAAAGUGUAACCAGUUGCUGGACGAACGGCAGAGGCUGCACACCGCUUGGCAACAAAAGAAGGUCCAUUUGGAUCAAUUGAUCGACUUGCAUUUCUUCCUACGAGACGCCAAACAGCUCGAUACCUUGUCCAGCACUCAAGAAGCCGCACUGAGUGGCGACAACUUUGGAGUCUCAGUCGAAGAGGUAGAUGCGCAGAUGAAAAAGCAUAACGAAUUCGAGAAGCUGUUAGUCACCCACGAGGAGAAGCUGACGGCGCUGCAAGAACACGGAAGUAAACUUCUUGCUCAGAAUCAUUUCGACUCAUCAACGAUCGCUCGGCGAUUGAACGAGGUUAUUCAAAGGCGUGCAAGAAUCCGUGACCUGUGCGAUGCACGAAGAAGAAGAUUGGAGGCCAGUUUGUUGCAUGCACAAUUUGUUAGAGACGUAGGUGAAGCCGAGUCCUGGAUAGGCGAAAAGCAGAAGAAGUUGGAAGCGGAAGCGUCGAAAGGCGAAGUGUCUAGCUUAGAGGACAAGAUCAAGAAGCUGCAAAAACACCAGGCGUUCCAAGCAGAGCUGGCAGCGAAUCAAAGCAGAAUCGAGGAAAUUAAAGCAAAAGGAGAAACGUUGUUAGCGCGAAAACAUCCGGCGAGCGCAGAAAUUCAUCAGCAAUUAGAACAUCUACAUGCGUCCUGGCGGAAAUUGUUGUUGGAGUCUGGUAAUCGGGGCAGAGGUUUGGAAGAGGCUCAAGAUAUCUUGGAAUUCAACAAUCAGGUGGAGAAGAUUGAAGCGUGGAUCAGGGAUAAGGAAAUGAUGGUCCAGGCUGGUGAUACCGGAAAGGAUUAUGAGCACUGUUUGAGCCUCCAAAGGAAACUCGACGAUGUAGAUAGCGAUAUGCGAGUAGAUGAUUCCAGAAUAAAAACAAUCAAUGCUUUAGCAGAUAAGCUUAUAAAACAGGGUCGUGAUAAUGAAUCAAAAGCAAUUCAACAACGGCGCGACAACUUUAAUAAUAAGUGGAAAGGUUUGCAAGGUGCAUUAAGUACGUAUCGCGAAACAUUAGCGGGUGCACUAGAGAUUCAUCUAUUUAACCGAGAUAUAGACGACACAAACCAAAGAGUUAUUGAGAAAUCAGUGGCCAUGAACACGAGUGAUACAGGAAAAGAUUUACCCGCUGUCGAACAGUUACAAAGAAAACAAGAGGCUAUGGAACGAGACAUGACAGCAAUAGAAGGCAAAUUGAAGGAGCAUAAGGCAGAGGCGCGAAACUUGUCGCACAAGUAUCCAGACAAGGCAUCCGAAAUAAACGGGAUACUAUCCGAGCUUCAAUCUAACUGGGAUGAUCUGCAACGUGUGACUCGACAUCGGCGUGAAGCUUUGAAUCAAGCCUACACAUUGCACAAAUUCCAAGCUGAUCUGCAUGAAUUGGACAUUUGGGUGGCAGAUACUAUUAAACGCAUGGAUGAAUCCGAAGCACCGACCACCAUAUCCGAAGCCGAAGCUGUACUAGAACUGCAUCAAGAGAGAAAGGCAGAGAUCGAUGGCAGACAAGACAUAUUUAAAGGCUUGAAAGAUCACGGCCAAAAGCUAGUGUCGAUUAACGAGGAUGUCAAGGAUAAUCUUGAGCAUCUGGAAGAGCUCAGACAAACUUUGGGAAAUGCCUGGGACAAUCGCAGGCAGAAAUUAACGCAAGCACAUCAAUUGCAAUUGUUUAAGGAGCAAGCCGAUCAGGCUGACAGCUGGCUGGCGACGAAAGAGGCGUUCCUCAACAACGACGAUCUUGGCGAAUCGCUAUCGGGCGUCGAGACACUAUUGCGUAAGCACGAAGAAUUCGAGAAAAUGUUGGCGUCUCAAUUGGGACGUAUCGAAGAGCUGGAGAAAUUUGCUAACGAAAUCCUAUCUCAUGGACAUGCGGACGCGGGUAUAAUAAAACAGCGACUCGCCUCAGUCUGUACCAGAAGAGACAAACUGAAGAACAACGCGACAGCCAGAAGGAAGAAACUUUUGGAGAGCCACCACUUACACCAAUUCCUCAGGAAUAUAUAUGAGGUGGAAGGCUGGUUGCAUCAAAAGCAACAGGUGGCGAGCGACGAAAAUUAUAGAGAUUCUUCGAAUUUGCAAAGCAAGAUACAGAAACACGCCGCAUUUGAGAGCGAGUUGAUGGCAAAUAAAGGAAGAGUCGCAGCAGUAGUCAACGAGGGAGAAGCACUUAUCGAGGAAAACCAUUAUGCUGCGAAGGAUAUACAGGAACGUUUGGAUGAGUUGGAGGCAGAAUGGCGUCUGUUGCAAGAAACUAGCGAGCUGAAGAAGAACCGGCUGAAUGAUGCGUAUCAAGCCUUGCUAUUCGGUCGUAGUUUGGACGAAUUCGAGACGUGGAUGGACGAAGUGGAGACCCAAUUGCAAUCAGAGGAUCACGGCAAGGAUCUCUCGAGCGUGGCAAAUUUGCUGAAGAGACACACCAAUUUGGAGAAUGACGUGCUCGGUCACAAUGAAGCGUGCGAAUCUAUCAAGGACACCGCCGCCAGUUUUCAGAAAUCGAAUCAUUUCUUGAGCGAUGAGAUUCAAAAGAGAGCGUUAAUUACGAUCAAUAGAUACCACAGUCUUCAGGAACCGAUGCAAAUACGCAGGGACAAUUUGGAAGACGCGAAGUUACUGCAUCAGUUCGCGAGAGAUGUUGAGGACGAAUUGCACUGGUUGUCGGAGAAGGAACCAUUAGCCGCGAGCAACGAUUUGGGCAGCUCUCUGACAACUGUACAGCGAUUGCAAAAGAAACACCACGCUUUGGAAGCGGAAUUGUUAUCCAGAGAGCCUGUAGUAGCUUCACUGGUUAGCAGAGCGACUGUGAUGAUUAGAAGUGGACAUUUCGCAGCGGAUAAGAUUGAUGAGUUGACCAAAAAGUUGCAAGAGGAAUUAUCACACCUCAGAGAUCUGGCAAGUGUCAGGAAAUUGAGAUUGCUCGACGCUGUAGAAUCACAAAUGUUUUAUGCCGAAGCUGCAGAAGCUGAGCAGUGGAUUAGAGAGAAACAUCCACAAUUGACGUCAUCUGAUCAUGGCAAAGACGAAGAUUCUGUGCAGUCUCUGCUGAAGAAACUAGAAGGCAUCGAGCGUGACUUGUCUGGUUUCGAAAGUACGAUUGAUAAUUUAAAGAAACUUUCGCGUGGCCUAGUCGAGCGGCAUCACUUUGAUAGCAAGAAUAUCGCGCAAAAACAGGCGGAUAUCGAGUAUAAAUUUAAAGAACUGCAAAGAUUGAAAGAAUAUCGACUCCAGAGAUUAUCGGAGAGCGAGAAGUUUUACAAAUUUAUCAGACAGGCGGAUGAAGUGAUCGAAUGGAUCGGAGAUCAAACAACGAUCGCCGCUUCAGAGGACUAUGGUUGCGACGUGGAACACGUGGAACUGCUGAUCCAGAUAUUUGACAAUUUCCUAGCUGGCUUGACGACCAGUGAAGGACGUGUAUCGGCUGUGCUUGACGAGGGGCAAAGGCUAAUCGACCAGAAUAAUCCUGAAAAAAGCAAAAUACUCCAGAAAAUUGACGAAACAAAGCAACAAUGGGAGGACUUGAAAGAAUUGGCGCACGCUCGACAAGACGCGUUGGCGGGCGCUAAGCAGGUUCAUAUGUUUGACAGGACAGCCGACGAGACUAUCUCCUGGAUACAGGAAAAGGAAGCGGCUCUCAGCUCGGACGGCUACGGUCACGAUUUGGAGACAAUUCAGGCAUUAGUAAGGAAGCAUCAAGGAUUCGAGACUGACCUGGCGGCUGUGAAGGAACAAGUAGAGAGCCUGAUGGAGGAAGCGUCAAGGCUGAUCGAGCUAUUCCCGGACGCGCGUAUACACAUUAACGUGAAACAUCAGGAGGCAGAAGCGGCUUGGGGUGAGCUACUGGAGCAAGCGGCGCAGAGGCGAAGCAAACUGGCCCAGGCGGAACAGCUACAGGCCUACUUAGGCGAGUACAGGGAGCUGAUAUCUUGGAUAAAUGAGAUGGUGGCCAAGGUAACGGCGCCGGAAUUGGCGCGGGACGUUCCUGGUGCCGAGGCACUGCUUUCUAGGCACAACGAGUACAAAUCGGAGAUCGACACGCGCGAGGAGGCCUUUGAGAAAUUCUAUCGAACCGGACAGAAGCUAAUCGAGCAGGGACACUUCUUGGCGAAGGAGAUCGAGGACAAAAUAUCGGUGUUGCAGCAACGCCAGCAGAUUUUGAAAGAUACAUGGCAGCAGAGAAGGCACAUUUACGAACAGAAUUUGGACACGCAACUGUUCAAGAGGGACGCUGAGAUCCUGGAGAACUGGAUAGUUAACAGAGAACCGAUGCUGCAGGAAGAAAAAUUGGGAGAGAGCAUUUCGCAAGUGGAGGAAUUGAUAAGGAAGCACGAAGACUUUGAAAAGACUAUACAAGCGCAAGAGGAAAGAUUCAGCGCGCUUAAACGAAUAACGAUGCUGGAAGAAGCCUUUCAAAAGCAGCAAGAGGCGGAAAUGGCCGCACGCCAAGCAGAAAAAGAGCGUGUGGAACGUGCGAGGAUCGAGGAACGGAAACGUAAAGAGGUACAAAGGAUAACUGAAGAGCGGAAACGCGAAGAGGAACGUAGACGGUUAUUAGAUACUUCUCAUCGCGCGCAACACGACGAAAUUAACGGCUCGGUCGAUGAACAUGAGUCUGCGAACAAGUUAUCUCCGCUGAAAGGUGCUACUGCUUCCGAAACAGCAGAAUCUGCGACACCCCAGAAGCCGUACGGUUUAUCGCACAUGUUUAGCGUAAAAUUAAGACCAGCAACUUCGGAUAUCAAGAGAGCUGAAAGCAUGAAAGUGGAUACGAAGAAACCAAAACGGACUCCGAGCUUCACGACUAGACGAAGAACGCAAAGCUUCCGGAAACUGCAGCGAAUGGAGAAUAUGGACGCUCUUCGCCCAGUCGAGAUUCAAGGUCUUCUCGAGCGAAAGCACGAGCUUCAAAGUGCCGGCAAAAAAGCAGCCGUUAGAUCAUGGAAGCAAUAUUAUACCGUAUUGUGCGGGCAACUGUUGUGCUUCUUCAAGGACAUGGAAGAUUUCUCGUUAAGUAAAGCGGCCACUGCCCCUAUAACCAUUUUCAAUGCUAUAUGCGAGAAAGCGGACGAUUACACGAAGAAGAAGAACGUAUUUCGGCUGAAGUGUACGGACGGUUCGGAAUUCUUGUUUUUAGCACCAAGUCAAGAGGAGAUGGAAGACUGGGUUAAUAAAAUCUCGUUUCACGCGAAGUUGCCACCAAGUCUACAGCUCUUAAGCUACGACGAGUCUCAGAAGAUGCAACAGGAAGGCUUGCAGAGGCUGCAGAGUUCGAGGCUCGAGCACGCGGACGAUAACGCAUCGACCGGAAGUAGUCGCGCUUCCACACCGGAAAUGGAGCGCAAGAAUUCUGUGAUCAGGCGCGAUCCCACCUCGGCAAAUCAACACUCGCCCAGUUCGGUACAAAUAGAGUUCCUGCAGAUGCACCGGCACAAUCAGCAACGGCGCAAUGACGCGCAGAACGCCGAGGCAUUCUUGGCGUCGCAGAGAUCCGAACCGCAAACUCAGACGGAAUUUCUGCAGAUGCACAGGCAGCAGCAAUUGCUCGCGCAGCAGCAACAUCAGCUGAUGCAGCAAGAACAAUUGGCGGCUCAGCGAGAUCAGUAUCAACAGAAUUCCGCGAUGCUAGGAACCGACAAACCGCCCAUACCGCCACGAGGCGCUCCACCACCUGUCCCUAUGCGAACACCCAGUUCGGAAAAUAUGGUGCAAUACAGGCGCAAUGAUGUGGAACACCAUUUGCCACAAGGAAGGCCCAACUAUGCGCAGCAACGAAGCGCAACAUUAAAUCACAAUGGGUCCGGCCAGUAUUCAUCGAACGAGCCACCGGUAUGGCACCGACAAAGCAGCGUGGAUCUUCCUCCGCAACAUCAAGAAUUAGCACCUCCAUUGCCAUCGAGUGCGCCUCCACCGACUAGAAUGGCUCAGUGGAAAAUUCCUCGUGAUUCUGCAUACGGGAAUGUAUCCAUACCAAAUAUCAGACAGGGUGUACAACAACAAAACAAUACUUUCACUGGCAGACCGACGUCAUUGCCGCCUUAUGUCGCUCCGCCAGCAGCUCCGCAAACGAGUCCUCCAAACAUCGCAGUGGUGGAUAAUAGAAGAGCGUCUGAGAGUGGAUCAGAAAGCGAGCAAAGCUCAGGCGGCAAUCGGAAAGAUCGCGAUUACAAACGAAGUUCCGUAUUGAGUAAUCUAUUCGGAAGACGUAAAAAACCUUCUCAAUCGUAACGCAACCUCCGGGAACUUUCACACGAGCUAUUAAUUUAAAUGUGGGUGCGAGGAACAAUUUUUCUCGAACGACAAAAAAAAUAAAGCAAACGACAAAAUUCCUACAUCAUCGAAGAUUUAAAUACCGUAACACUUUUGCUAAACAGUACAUAAUAAUUUAUUUUUCUUCUUGUGAGGACUAUUGUAGUAAUUUCGUUAUCAAUUUGUGCAAUGAUUUUUAAUAUGUUGUACUUCGAUACCGCAAACGUAACUAAAUAUGUAAUAAAUUUUCGGAUAUUCACGAUCGAGAUUGAUCGCUGAUUAUAAUCAAAAUAUAUUCCUACUUAUAAAUAAGUAAAAAAUCAAAAGUUAUAUCAAAGGAGUUAGAAAAAUAUAAAUAUAAAAAAUUAAAAUUUACAUUUUCAUAAAUAAAGUUUCAUCGUUCAGAAAUUCAUAUUCUUCAAAAAUAUGGAGCUCUUAGAUAACAUCGCGAAUUAUCGAGAUUCCCAAUCUUAUUGAUGGAUUUUGUAUAUUGUCUAUGCAAAAGUAACAUUUGUGAGAGAAAUAAUAUUUGUGUUCCUAAAAAUUUAAUAAUUUAAUUAACUGUCAUAAUCCAAGGAUCAAAUUAUGGAAUUCUUUAAAUUAUGGAAUAUUUUUUGCAGACGUUAUUGAAAGAUUAUUAUUAACAUUAGACAAUAUUUCAAAAUA